UCCGGUUCCUCUCUUGGGUUUGAUCAGAAUGAUUGACAAACGUUUAGUAGACGUUUUACUGAUUCAAUUUUUUUCUCUAAACACAGAACAAAACUAAGCAUCCAUUUGUAACUAUCCUUUGGAGGUUGUGAAUUUUAUGAAAAGAAAUGUGAGUGUCUUCAUUGACCAAACAAAAAAAAUUGUCGCGUUAGUAUUAUUUUUAUGUACAAGAUUUGGACAGUCCUUGUCACCUUUUGCCGUUCGAUGGUGUUAAACAUUGUUUAGCCUGUUCUUACAAAUCGUGUUUCGGAGUUAGGCCUUUGUACGCAGUCUAGCAACACAAAUUCUAGUUUGGGGAAUCAUGCUAGUUGCUUCGAGCCUCUGAUAUUUCAAGUUUGAUUUUGAUUUUGUUACUUUAAUGAAAUGAAAACAGUAAGUAGAAUGAAAACAGUAGAAUAAAAUAAGUAGAAGUCCCGCGGAAGGCACAGAGCAGAAACAUUUUUGGAAACCGAGUACUCUUACAGUGCAGAUUGCAGAAGCAUCCCAUUUCUGCCAGUUUCCAUUGCCAAACCGUUUUAAAUAAAUUCAGUUUUACAGAAAGAUCCGCUAAGUUCGAAAAAUUUAUUCAAGCCUUGCAAAAAUUGGAUGUUUUGUUGUACAAAGAUAUAACAGUGAAUUGAAUGGCCCGUUAACCCCCGUCUUUACCAUCGAGAGCCCUGUAUUCUAAAAUCUGCCGGUCCUUAUCAAUAAAGUAGGAAAAGCUGAAGGGAACUAUUUUCGGGGCUAACCUAGUUGGUCAAUGGGGAGGAAGCUCACACACGGAAAAUUUUUGCGAAAGAAGGUUGCUAGCAGGUUGCAUCUGGUCGACCAAGUGCUGCUUUUUGCAGCUCAAUAGAAAGUGUACGAUCGCACCUCUCCUGAAACGAGUUUUCCCAAUCGAUAAGUGAUGUCCUCCCGUCGAAAAAACAGCACAAUUUUCACGGAGACUUACUCUUCUACGGAGAAGAGGCCUAGGGGCCUAUACCCCCUGUAAAUGGUGGAUAGGUUUGAGAGGCGGAUCCAGACUACAGCAACCUAUGCAGAAGCCUAAGUCAGAUUCUUACAACAACAACAACAAAUGGAAACUGUCGAAAAAUUUUAAUCAAUAGUUUCUUUGGCAAAUUUUCUAGCGACGUCCGUCCUAGAUCUGCCCCCGUUGAUACCAACAACCUGCAGACGACAGGGCAUAUAUUUUACUGACGAUCUUUCGGCCUCUCCACAGAAUAGUCGAGUGGCGAUUCUAGGCUUUUAUCUGGUCCGUAUUUUCUGAAUCCAGGAUCUUGUUUGUUUUCGAGAGCCAAUCACCGCUUGUUUGAACUAUGCAAACGUCUUGUAAGCCAAUCAGAGUGUACUUCACCUCUGCAAUCUUUGGCGCGAGCGUAGGUGAGAUUUGAUUUAUCAAAUCAGAAGUAAGGCCUGCCUCUGCAGCGGUGACCUAUGCAAUUGUUCACAGUUAACCUAUGCAAUUGUUUGUUGCGACCAAUUAAAUGGGAAUUCCUUAUUGGAGCCCCCUAUUAAACAUCACUGAUACUGAUUUCAUUCAGAAAUGUUUUGGCGUUUCCAAAAGAAAAGGGCGUGGCUUCUCUUUCUGACAAAGAAUUUUUCCGAAGAACAAAUUUAAUUUAAGCUCAUUGCGGUUAAGUGGUUCCCUAACAAUGGAAAAGGAACAAAAUGUAAUGUUGUUGUGCAAGCCGAGCAAAUGGUGUGUUUUGCAAUCAACAAUAUUAAACCACAAAUCACAUCACGAACAAAUCAAAAUAAAGUCGCUCUUCGAUGUUAUUGUCAUAUCAGUUAGUUAGGUUCUUGGAUUUCAAAGCUUCGCUCAAUUUAAACUCACUCAUAUUUAUAAAAGAGCGUAUUUUUAGUGCACUGGUUUUUCCGAAAGUGAAAUUGUAUGUGAGGCCAAACAAGCUUUUGUUGCCUGGUGCACAUUUUGAACCCGGAAAUCUUUAUGGUGACCUUUCUUAUCAGAUUGUUCUUCCGUAAUUUGGAAGUGAUUUCUCGCUGGAUCACAGAGCCCGUUUCAGCUGAGUUAACGGGUAAUACCUUUCAUGGCUGAGGAGAUUUCCACUUUCAUGGAGUGGAUUGCUUCACAGUUGCAGUUUCAACGAAAGUGAUGAAAAUCAUCAUGAAAUUUGAUACUUGAAAGCUACUCGAGUAGCGAAGGCAUGUUGGCUUCAGUCGUGCAAUCGCAGGUUAUUUCAUCUGAAUACGCGUUUACAAGAUUUCUAUCAGGAAGCAUGUUCAACCUGAAGACACUUGCUUUGAAUAUUUUGAUCAUUGUGACAGCAAAGUUGAACACAAUCAAUGGCACACUUUCUGUUUCUCCCAAACCCAGCACAGCUUUAUUUACGAAUGUUUUGUCAACUCCGGCUUCCACGAUUUUAACUAACAGUGUCAGAGCCACAAGCUCAAGUUAUAAUUCUUCUAGCAUUUUACGAACUACAACUAUGAACCCAUCUUCUCUAAGAGUUUCCUCUUUCAAUGCAUCUACGACAAGAACUACUGGCUAUCACACUUCCUUUAUAACAUCGGCGUGGAACAUCUCAAUCAAUGGCAAUUCUGCCAGAACCACAGUCAGUAGUAUUCCAUUGUCUUCGAUUAGUGUUUCAAUAGGUAGGCAAAGCACCACAUUACUGUAUAGCCUUUCAUCAACCAUCUCAAGCUACAUGACAAGAAUUACAAGCUUGGAAACAUUUACUGCUGUCUCUCAAAGCUUUUUUUUGAAAACAACAGUCAAGCAUUCGUUAAGCAGCACUGUAGCUUUACUGACGGUUACUAGGCUAGGUACUAGUCAGUUGCCAACAUCGAUUUCUUCCUCGUCAAAAUACGGUGGCACAUCAGGAAGUAUCUACACAGUAGCGACAUCUCCGUUAUAUCAAACCAGUUUGUCUAGUGUAGCUUCAAGGAGUGUGUCUUCAUACCUUACGGCAUCUGACGUUCGAAGCAACACUGCUGUUACUACGUUCAAUGUAAUAACUUCUGUUACGUCAACAACUAUGUUUACCGUGGCGUCCACAGUAUUGUCUAGUGUGCCUUUAAACCUUACGGCAUCUGACGUUCGAAGCAACACUGCUGUUGCUACGUCCAAUGUAAUAACUUCUGUUACGUCAACAACUAUGUUUGCCGUUGCGUCCACAGCAUUGUCUAGUGUGCCUUCAAACCUUGCGGCAUCUGACGUUCGAAGCAACACUGCUGUUACUACGUUCAAUGUAAUAACUUUUCCUACAUCAGCAACUAUGUUUGCCGUUGCGUCCACAGUAUUGUCUAGUGUGCCUUCAAACCUUGCGGCAUCUGACGCUCGAAGCAACACUGCUGUUACUACGUCCAAUGUAAUAACUUCUGUUACGUCAACAACUAUGUUUGCCGUUGCGUCCGCAGCAUUGUCUAGUGUGCCUUCAAACCUUGCGGCAUCUGACGUUCGAAGCAACACUGCUGUUACUACGUUCAAUGUAAUAACUUUUCCUACAUCAGCAACUAUGUUUGCCGUUGCGUCCACAGUAUUGUCUAGUGUGCCUUCAAACCUUGCGGCAUCUGACGCUCGAAGCAACACUGCUGUUACUACGUCCAAUGUAAUAACUUCUGUUACGUCAACAACUAUGUUUGCCGUUGCGUCCGCAGCAUUGUCUAGUGUGCCUUCAAACCUUGCGGCAUCUGACGUUCGAAGCAACACUGCUGUUACUACGUUCAAUGUAAUAACUUUUCCUACAUCAGCAACUAUGUUUGCCGUUGCGUCCACAGUAUUGUCUGGUGUUCUUGCAAGCGCAAAAUCCACUCCAAGGUCUAGCAUCAUUCCUAUUAGUGAUACUUACACAGCAUUGACAAAGAAGGCCUCAAGCUUACAAACACCACAUCUACCAUCGUUGUCACAAGAGGCAUCAGUGCCGAUAGCAGAUUCAGUCUCCCAGCUUUCCACUACGCGGCAAUAUCUUACACCCAGUUCCAGCUCGUCUUUCAGCUCAGAGAUUGGUGAAGCAUCUGCAUCACCAUCUGAAGUGUUGAGAACACUAUAUGGCCCUUCUACAAGCUUGUUUCCAGCAUCUUUAUCGAUCAGCUUGUCUUUAGUGAACACCCAAGAAAUUGCACCAUCAGCAACAGUCAACUCAUUCAAAACCCACAGUCCCAGCAGGUUGGCGGUAACCUCCAAAUUCAGUCCGUCUGUUAGCCUGAGCUCAGUCUAUUCAUUUAAAUCAUCACUGCCGCCUUCUUCACCCAACAACAAAAAUAAUAAAAAGUCUAAUCGAGAAACCAUUAUAUUUGCGGCAGCAGGUGGAGGAGGAGGUCUUUUGCUUAUUGUGAUGAUCUUCUGUGUCAUUUUGGCUUGUCGGCGAACAAAGCGCACAAAGGGACAGCAGUCAGCAAAAAGUGCUGAAGAAGAGGAAAAAUUUGAAGGAGAUAUUGACUUUAAGAGCAAAUGGUCUACCAUGAGACAAAAUGAUAACUUCGCAAAACGCAAGCGAGAAACUUUGAUGAAUUUGGUGCUGUAUGGGGAAACAAAUGAUGCCUUUGUCUCAGAGGAGACCGCAGAUACAGCAAUAGUUAAUAUUUCUCGUAACAGUGUACAUGACGAAAGCGAGGUCGACGACAACGAUAACGAGGAGAUGAUGCCCAGGUGCGGGACGUUUUCUGGCAGAGCUGGGCGUGUCAAAAACGGAAACCAAUCCCUUAUUGAAAUUGUAAACGAGCGAAAAAAGAUACGUAAGUCAAUUUCAGAACACGUAGAUGAAAACAAUGAAGACAAGUUGGUAAUUGAACGUGUUGGUGCCCAAACAUCAGAUUCUAAGGAGAAUCGCGAAUCUCUAAGCUCAUUUGGAGGAAAAAAAGAUCAGUCUUUAAAAUCAUCCGGCGACAAAGAUUCCAGGGAAUCAAGAACAUCUCUGACUUCUUUUGGAGCUGGACAAAAUACGUUUCAAGAAGAAAAAUUGUUGUCAAACGCUUCUGAAAAAAGCACGGAUCACGUUGAUUGUAAGCCAGAAAGCGAUGAAGAUGCUAGAACUGAAGAAACUAAACUUGAUAAAGAAUCGCCUCUGGAGGAAAUUGAACAGGCAGAAAGCACCGAAAAUACAGCCAAUGCCAAUGAAAUUAUUUGUGCAUAUUCCUGUUAGAGAAAUGUGACGAUAAAAAACGUCUUUACGAACUUGGCAAACGGUAACAAUUCAAGUAUUGGAGCAGCAUAGAUUGAAGCAGCGAGAGUAAAUGUAUGAGGUAAAGAGCUUAAAAAGUUUAAACUAUGUAUUUCCUAGCAUUUCAUCGUAUGGUGAAUUAAAAGUCCAUUAUCUUGAAGGUUUGGAACUGUGUUUAUUUGAAUCGCUUAUGUAGUUAUAGGAAAUUUCGUGUUUGCGGGUAGUCAGAUAAUUCUCCUAAAUAAACUUAAAGAGUUAACUAGACGAAAGUGAAUGUUAUUAAAGAAACCAGCAAUUAAAAAGUUUAUGUCAUUGAUAUGGUAGUUGUCGUAGGCAAUUGCGAAUAAAUAUGCAUGGUGUCUUCUUUUGCAAUGGUAGAUGACGCGGUGAAGUAAACAGAUGUAGAUAGCAUAAGUAUGGCGAAAACCAAUUAAGAUUCAGCAAAUUCAUUAGCUAGUGGAAGGAAAGGAAAAAGAUUAGGAAAAAGAAAAGAAAGGCAGGAGAAAUAAUUAAAAGAGCUUAUGAGGAAGAGAUCGGUCGAAAAUGGAUUUCUGUUUAGCAAUGUUUAUCAUAGAAAAGCAUAGAAUAAUGCGAGUUGUUUAAAGUUAGACGGCUUAAGGCUUUAUCAACGAAUCCCUUUUAGGUUAGAGAACGUGCUCAGCAAAACCCCCUUUCAAUAUCACGAGGGGGAUCUGUCACCUCAUAAUUUUUUCUGGAUUUUUUAAGGGGAUAAGAUACUUCAUUACUGCCUUUCUGGUCCGUUUUGUUUUGUUGACAUAGAAUUACGUAUAAUCAUAAUGAUGACCAAAGGUUGAAAAGUGGGGGGGCCAAGGGAAAAUUUAACACCCAUAACAAAAGAUUUUGAAAAAACUCUAUUGUUUGGCAAAAAAGUGGGGGGGCCAAGGCCCCCCGGUUCCCCCCUUCGUCGAAGGCCCUGAUAACGUAUUCUGAUAGAAGUCGUUUUCAGGACUAAGUUUGUAGUACUUUGAACUCUUACCUGACACUGAAACUCUAUAGCUAAGCUCGAUAUACUUUAUAAUUAAAAGACCUUUACUUCAUGUUGGUCAGUUCAUUUUUCCCGAUUUUGAUAUUUUCAUAUUAGUGAUUGCUCGUAAUUAAAGUGUAAUUAAGAAACAGGUUGACAAGGUAACUUUAAUAAUAUAUAGAUGUAAAAUGCACAAAAAAGAUUGUUUAAAAUGUUUGUAAUUUUUUAUGUGAAAUUUAUCUGUACAUUCGAGAAAGUGAUCUGUAGGUGCAUUAGUACUAUAAACUUAAACUGUUGUCAUUGUAUUUUUUCUAUUGUUGGUGCUUACUAUUGUGUCCAUACCAAUUAAGGGUAACGUUAAGCAACAUCAGGGAUGAUGGCACAAGAUCGUCAAUUGCAGCAAAAUUAACAGAAAAUUUUAACUGCAAGAAGCAACUUCGUGAUUAAAUGUUUGAAAAGGUUUAUGUUUCGACUGAUUUUGUUUCAAAGUAAAGGGAUUAUGACCCCUUGAAAGCCAUAGUUGGUAAUUCUGACCAUUGGAACCUUAAGAGGGUUUGUAAAACGUUUUUAGUUUGUGGCAAAUCGUCUAGUAUCAAACAUUUUGUAUAAAAAUUGAGUCAGGGACAGUAAGAUUUUUAAAUACUUAAAGGGCUAAGAGCCUUUUAGAUCGAACUUGGAAGUAGUCUCUUUGGAUUGAAUGAGCAGCUAUUGUAUGACAAUGUGUAGUUUAUUUACCCCCAGCUUCUUUUGCCCCACAACACCCUUGUCAAUGACAAAGAAGGACAGUGGUUAUAAGCAACUUUUUCCUUCAUAACCCAUACAUUUGUUAUUUUUUUAAGAUGUUAAUUUUUUUUGCAGCUUUAUUGCGAAAAUUUUCAGCAUGGGAGCCAAAUCUAAACCCUUGUUUUUCUAUCUUUAUAAUGAUGUUCAAAUUGACAUCCAUUUUUGAAUAUUUCUAAAGCAUCUAAGACAAAUAUUUGAUUGCUCUGAAUAUUUCCCUUAGUUUCUAAGAUAAGAUCCCUAAGGAGCUUUAAAUUUUUGAAUAUUUUUAUCACUGCAAACAAUCAAGAAUUAGAAAGCUGGUUCCAUUCAUUCAGAGUUACAAAUCACAUGAAUUGUUUCCUACAAAAGUGGCUAUCGAGUGAUUCAUUGUGUAAUUCUGAGUGUCUCGUCUUCCUUCCUGAUUGAAUUUCCACUUUUUCAUGUAUGAAAUUUCUUUCUAGUCUUCUUUCUGUUUUUCAACUUGAUUUUAGCUCCAGUUAAGAAUCAAAGACACCAAUACAGAAUUCUAAUGUACUAUGUGCAAUUUUCAUGUGUAGUUGAAUUAAAAAGUAUUAAGGAACCAUAAGUACUAUAAUUUGAUAAAAAGAGGUCCAAAAACAAGGCCACGAGCUAGGUCUCUUAUAAAAUGAAUCCUGGAAAAGACCAAUUUGGAUUAUUUGUGAUUAGAAUAAUGCAGAAAGUUAAGGAAAUGCAGUGAAAGAAGAAUGGAGAAUGCAGAGAAAGAUAAUUAGAAAAAUGGUCUAGAAUUAAAAGAAUAGAGAAUCACCGAAAGUUUCCGAUAAUUUUGGAGCUUAAGGGGUGCUAUAUUAUAGCCUCCUAUUUCUAAAGCAACUGUGCCUCUAUGUAGAGACCAAAAUGUACCUCUGGCUUUAGCAAAAAGUAGGUUUGUAAAUUUUCUACAUACCGUUAUAUUUUGAUAGCUAGAGCUACGUUAAAUUCUUUCUUUUCGAGCUUCCACGG